CCGUAAAACCAGCAGCGAUAAUGAACCUGAUAGCAGCACUAGCAGUGAGUGCAGGGCUCUAAUGAGCAGCGUUAACUACCGCUAGUCCCAGAGCAGUCCGCAACGAAACACAAGUCAACGGCAGGCGCAUCCGUCACUGAGACAACACUGUGUGGCCAUAGGGCCAGAGAACUGAACAAAGCCAGUUUCUGCUUCGUUUUUAUCGUAUUCGGAUACGCUCGAAGACGUCAACGAAGUUCGCGAGAUAUACAUAUAGAUAUCUAGUCAAGCGAAUGCUGCCAAAAAUUCAGCUGGCUACAUCUACUUUGUACGCAAGCACGAUCGAGGCGUCGCAUGUUAGCUGGAGUUAGCGCCACCGCUGCCACAGUUCCAUAGAAGACCGGACACAGUUGAAUAUUCACUAUCGUAAUAGUACAACUGGAAGUCAUAGAACUAUUACGAUUACAAGGCCCGGCGACGGAAAAGAAUCUCGAAUAGGGCAACAUCAUGCCGCUGCUGCUGCUGCUGCUGCUUUAGCCUAAGAGAAGGGAAGCAGACCCAGACCCAAAGGCAGGGCAGAGUGAAGAAGCAACUAGGGCCUUUUACUCAUUCGACAGGAAGCCGCGGCACAGCAGCACUGCACGCUACUGUCGCUUGUUCACGCUUCGGUCAUCACGAUUGCUUUCAACAGGCCUUUUUGUACUGGUGGUUGUCGUCUCUUUGUUUCUUCAUUUUCCUCUUGUUCACCUCUAUGUCCCAAAACCGGCCACAGCGGGAGGCGAUCUACAUCACAGUUUAAGCUCUCACACACGGCGGCCUAACGAACAGGCCCGGCCUGUGUAUAAAUUUUAGGACCUUAAGCUCUGACAGAUUUGCCAAUACGGCCCUGACGAGGCCGGCCAGCAACUGUUGAACAGAGGGAGUUAAGUACUCUAGGGUAGCUACUGGGGCGGCCGGCGAAGAAAGCUAAACAACUAGCAAUAGUACCAUUUCACAGUAAGCAGACGAAUGCUAUACCGGUGAACUGCGGCCGUUGGGGAUUACAGGAAGGGCCUGUUCUUUCUUCGGUGCAACUCCCCUAUCCUUACGAUCCUGCGCCUCUUUCCGGCGUUGUAGCUGACCCUAUAUCUGGGUACUAUUAUCCGACUGGCUGUACGUUGAUCCGACUGAUGUCUUGUGUAAUAGAGGCCCCGAGCUCUACAUUAUAUAGAAAUGAAUGGGCAGGAGGGACGCUGUUAAGCCCCUUUAGGACCGUGACGAAUCGGCGGUGCUGAGAUCGCAAACUUAACUGUCUCGUGCCCUCUGAGCUGUGCACAGUUUUCCUCAUUUAAAAAAAUUGCCGAUUAACGCAGUAAGUGUUGAUCAUCAUCAUUGUCGUACGUGAGAAGAAGUGAGGCCUGGUUGGAUACUUUGCUGAGGGGAACCUACUCAAUGAUAGUGAUUGUGCGGAACGGUGAUUCUUUCACGCGCGAAACUGGAUAAUGAAGGCUGUGAUCUAGAAACUGAAGCAUAUUGUUUUGAUGAUAAAGCUAUUGUGAUGCUAUAGAGCCCUUACUAUUGAUCGCUUAGCAUAGCUCAACUAGGCCGGAUAUUUAUCGACCUGAAAAGUGCGUUACGUGUAGUUCCUUAAAAGGACAGCCGACUACUACGAAAAAAUAAUCGUUAUAGGUCAACUGGAUAGCUGGGAGGUCAGCACGCGGCAACGACCCACCGCAUACAACCCAGGAUAGCAGCUACUUGAAAAUAUGCGAAACGACCUCAGCAUGGCGACUUUGUCGCUAAAGGUGUCCGUUUUCGGUGGGAAGGCAACAAAAACGAUACAAUUCGACCCCAACAUACAGGUGUUUGAUGCCUGCCGGAUUGUCCGUGAAAAGAUCCCCGAAAGCAAGCUAGAAGAUCUUAAGGAAGUUAGUCAGUAUGGCCUCUUCCUUGUUGACGAAGACCCAAAGAAAGGAGGCAUUUGGUUGGAGAGCUCGAAGACGCUCGGAUACUAUCUUCUGAAAACUGGGGACUUAUUAGAAUACCGAAAGAAAAUGCGAAACCUUCGCAUUCGGCUUCUUGAUGGUACCCUCAAAACAGUCCUCGUUGACGACUCGCAACCUGUGGCCAAUAUGAUGGUUGUUAUUUGCUCUAAAAUAGGCAUUACAAACCAUGAGGAGUUCUCAUUGGUACGCGACGUUCCCAAGGAACCUCGCGAGGAAGACCUCAACGAAAAAGAGAGAACGAGCACACUUACAUUACGACGAAAAGAUAAAAUGCAAACGCUCAAGAAAAAACUCAAGACCGAUGACGACCUUAACUGGGUGGAUCACUGCAAGACACUCCGUGAACUAGGCAUCGUUGAGGAUGAAACGUUGACACUUCGUCGAAAAUAUUUUUUCAGCGAUUCAAAUGUCGACUCACGAGACCCCGUUCAGCUUAAUUUAGUUUACGUUCAGGCGAGAGACGCAAUCUUGAAUACGACGCAUCCAGUAACUGUGGAAGAGGCUUGCGAAUUUGCAGGUUUGCAGUGCCAGAUCCAGUUUGGAGACCAUGUUGAGGGAAAACACAAAGCAGGUUUCCUUGAGCUUAAGGAAUUCUUACCAAAAGGGUAUACGAAGAUCAAAGGCAUUGAUAAGCGGAUUUUCGAGUGGCAUCGGAAGUCCAUGGGUCUCAGUGAGGUAGACUCCAAGGUGAGAUACGUUCAGAGGGCCCGCUCACUCAAGACGUAUGGUGUGACAUUUUUCCUGGUCAAGGAGAAAAUGAAGGGCAAAAAUAAGCUUGUACCGCGACUUCUCGGAAUCACGAAGGAGUCGGUGAUGCGCCUGGAUGAGCGCACCAAAGAGAUAAUAAAGGUGUGGCCUCUGACAACUGUGAAGAGAUGGGCUGCCUCGCCCAAUAGCUUCACACUGGACUUUGGCGACUACUCAGACCAAUUUUACUCAGUAAAAACGCCCGAAGGUGAACAAAUUGCCCAGCUAAUUGCCGGUUAUAUUGAUAUAAUCCUAAAAAGACAGAAAGCCAAGGAUCAUAUUGGUAUUGAAGGAGAUGAGGGCUCCACGAUGGUUGAAGAGUCUGUUUCCCCUGCCAAGGCCUCCACUAUCCAGCUGACACCGGCCAUUCAGCCUGUACAGCCUGAACUGCAAAAUAUUGCGAUACCUUCUGUGGUUCGUCCUAGUCCCGAAUCGGAAAAGAUCGGUUUACCUGGACACGUGCCCAUCUCCAGGCAGAAAACGGAGACAGGCACACUUACACAAGGCCAACGCGUACAAAAUCCGCCAUUACAAGCUCACGUGGCUACAUUGAUCGAAUCCCCACAACGGGCAGUCAUCACUGAGGCUAUCAAGAAGUCGUUCGAUCAUCUGAACAGGCCGAUUGUAUACGUCGACCUUGGCAAGGAUUCAGGCUCGAAGAAGUGGAAGGAGUGUCAGCUGGACACCCAUAAGCAGAACAUUCAAACUCAUAUUGCUGCUAUGAACGCCGCCACGGCACACGUGAUCACGCUUGCAUCAGCGGUCAAGGUUGAUGCCCCAGCUGUGUCUAAGGCCAUUAACGUGAUUACGACGACCCUGCCUGAGAUGACCAAGCACGUCGCUACCAUGGCAACUCUGAUCGAGGACGACAGGAAUCGCGGCGACCUCAUAGAAGCUACUCGUCAGAUGUGUAACGCGUUCAGCGAUCUCCUCAAUGCCGCAGAGCCGAUCGGACCACCUCAACCCCAGAAACUCGUUGUGGCUGCCGCCGAGGUCGCAGAAAAGACCAAGGCCGUAUUAUCCUCGAUUGCCGAAGAGCCGGAAUGGGACAAUGAAACAGCUGAUUUGCUGCUAGCACUGGCCAAGGGUGUCGCUAACGCUGCAGCUGCUCUUGUGCGGAAAGCUAAGGACGUUGCUAGCCAGACUGGUGAUCAAGAUCUACAAAACAAGAUCAUUAAUGCAGCUGCUCAAGGAGCUUUUGCCACGUCUCAACUCGUAUCCACCGCCAAGGUGCUCGCGCCUACUAUCGCGGAUGUCGCCUGUCAAACGGAGCUGGAAAAUGCUGGUCGCGAAGUGUCCCGUACGGUGGAUAACAUCGUACUUGUCUGUCAGGACGCAACCAAAGAUCCUGUUCUUCUGCAAAGUCUAAAGGACGCUGCUCGUCAGGUGGCUGAUGCCCUUCAGGAACUUCUUAGUCAGGUCAAGGACAUCAGUGUGCGGGCUAAAGGAACCCGUACGGAAGCGCACCAAGGCCACGUUGCUACCAUAAUGGACGCCACCGAUCGUUUGUUCGACUCUGGCGCCGAUACUAAGGAAAUGGUGCGCCAGGCCAAGAUUGUUGCCACAGCGACCUCUCAACUCAUACAGGGCAUCAAAGGAGAUGCGGAACUGCAAACAGAUGCUGGCCAGCAAAAGCGCCUCCUUCAAGCUGCCAAGGUACUUGCCGACGCCACUGCUCGCAUGAUUGAAGCCGCAAAAGGAUGUUCAAGCAAGCCUAACGACUUCGAAUCGCAGGCAAUCUUGCGUAAGGCUGCUGAAGACAUAAGAGUUGCAACCGAUGCUGCCAGCGGAAACUUCGUACAGAAAAAAGUUAUUCAGCGACUAGAGACCACCGCCAAGCAGACUGCCGCUGCCGCUAGACAGAACAUUUCAGCAGCCCAUUGCGCCGUGCCACAAUCGGCAAAUGAAUCUCUUAGCCGGCAGCUUACUGAACAGGUGCGUGAAGUCGAAGGUGUACUACCUCGCCUAAUGCAGGGCGUGAAGGCAAGGCAAACUUCGCCCAGCUAUGACUCGCAGCUUGAGCUAAUUUACGCCUGCGAAGACGUGACACGACCGUGCGAAGCGAUGGCGUCUACUUCGAAGCAGCUAGCUGCUACUAUUACGGAAACGACAACAUCACAAUUGCUGCAUACCCGCGCCAUGGAAAUGACAUCAAUUCUCACCGAAAUGCGAACAUGGGUGACUAAAGCCAAAACUGUUUGUGGUCAAAAGGUAGAAGACUUGUCAGGUCCACUUACCACCAUCGACGGGCUGCAAAAAGACCUCCGUGAGUAUCGACAUGCGACAGAGAUGCAUGAUCUGCGUCCGCUGCCAGGCGAAAACACAGAAGUAUGCUCGCUCAAACUUAGCGCUACCUCGAAGGUCGUAGGAUCAUCCCUUGCCCAAAUCCUUACAGCUGCUUCCCAGGGGGAUAAGGAUUAUCUGCUGGUUGCUGCUAGAGACACGGCUAAUGCCCUUAAAGAUUUUGUUUCUGCUGUCCGAGGUGUGGCUGCAUGUUCGGAUGAGCAGGACGCUCAACUCGCUAUCAUUGACAACGCUGCCGUUGUUGUUAUGCGAGCUCGAGACCUUAUUACGGCCUCUCAGGAAGUGGCUAACAACCCCCACCACCCAGAUAACCCGCAUCGUCUAACUACAAUCGGCAAACAGGUGUCGACGUCACUUACUAGCUGCAUUGGCAUUCUGCCUGGCCAAAAGGCUGUCGAUGACACCAUUGCUGCUAUUUCGGAAUCUACACACACUCUUAACGAAGGUCUGUAUCCGAGCAGCACCCGCUCGUACGGCGAUCUACAGCAGGAACUGCAAAGCGCAGCUCAUCGCCUACACAAGUCUACUGAUAAUGUCGUUGAGUUGGCGAGACUAUCCUCGUCCAAGCUUACGGAAUCAGUGCGGGAAUUCGGUUCCGAUUUCCAUAACCUCUUCGAUGUCGGUCUCCAAUUGGCCGGGCAAACCCAAAACAGCGAAAUGCAUCCGUUAAUCACUGCCAGCCUGCGUAACGUCUCAAUUUCGUCGUCGAAACUUCUCGUUCUUUCAUCAACUGCCGCUGACCAUUCUGCCACCGCCAAAAAUCAAUUGAUUGCAGCUGGUCGCGCUGUAGCUGACUCAAUCAAUCAACUGAUCGACGUUUGUUCGUGCUCAGCACCUGGCCAAAAGGAGUGUGACAAUGCUAUUCGCUCUAUUCAGAGUGCAAAAUCACUCCUCGAUCAGGCUAACGAACCGAUAUCUGACCUUAGCUAUUUUGAGUGCGUGGACGUGCUCAUGGAUAAGCCGAAGAUGCUGGGGGAUGGUAUAGCAGGAAUUCGAGAUACAGCCAAACAUAGUCAGCACGAAGAGUUCUGCGCCGCUGUAAAACGAACCUGUAGUGCCGUUUGCGAAAUGAUCGAGGCAUCGGCGCAGGCCGCUUACCUUAUUGGCGCUUCGGAACCAAGCUCGGUAGCCGGCAGGCCUGGACUCGUCGAUGCGGCACAGUUCUCGCGGGCUUCGCAGGCCAUUGAGCAGGCAUGUUUCCAGCUAACGAGCGAGCGUAGCGAUGAACAGCAGGUUCUUACUGCGGCCACAAUUAUAGCCAAACAUACGUCUUCGCUCUGCAACGCUUGCCGGAUGGCCGCAUCCAAGACACAAAACACAGUUGCGGCAAAACAGUUCAUUCAAAGCGCAAAAGAUGUAGCUGGAGCCACGGCGAACCUUGUUCGCGAAAUCAAGCUGCUUGACAAGGAUCCCAGCGAAGCCAAUAGAAAGGUUUGUCACCAGGCUGCCAAGCCUCUGAUUGCGGCGGUCGAGAAUCUGACUGCGUUUGCGGGGGCACCUGAGUUUGCUACGGUUCCUGCUCGACUGUCUGAUAAGGCCCUUCAGGCUCAACAGCCCAUCCUGGAAGCUGUCCGAAACGUCGUCCUCGGCACAUGCAAUUGCCUUAGCCACGCGAGAGAUUUAGCUGUCAACCCCAUGAACCCACCAGUGUGGCAAGGAUUCUCAAAGGAAAGCUCAACGGUAUCGGAUUCGAUGAAGAAAUUGGUCACCCUCAUCAAAGAAAGCGCGCCUGGACAGAAGGAGUGUGUCUACGCCAUCGACAGACUGAAUUCCAGCAUCCGAACGCUCGAUCAGGCAUCGAUUGCCAUAAUCGGGCAAACUGGUUCGCUACCCGCGCCACAGCUUGACUUGCGUACGAGCCAGGAACAAAUUGAGCACGCUUGCCAGGCCAUUCAGCAAAGCUUAGAACCGCUGCGAGUCGCAGCUAAGUGUCAGGCAGAACAACUUGGCCACUGCGUACUGCAGCUCGUCUCGUACUUUGACUCACUGGUACAGAAUACACUUGAAGCUGCUGGCCGUAUCGUGAGCCACAAACAACAAAUGCUGCUUCUUGACCAAGCGAAAACCGUGUGUGAAGCUGCAAUCCAGUUUCUGUACACUGCCAAGGAGGGUGCAGGAAAUCCUAAAGCUCCAGACAUGCUCCAUCGUGACAUCGAUGAGGGAGCAGAUGCUACCCGUGACGCUGUGAACGACCUUGUACAAACAUUGCAACGUUCCGCGGCCGAGGCCGGCUUUGUGAGUGGGGUAUUGGAAUCGAUCAACAACGCUAUUGCCCAACUCGAUCAACCAGUCGUGAUUACACAGCAGGAGAGCUCGUUCGCUGACGUCCAGACCGAAAUGGAUCGCAAUGCCAAAGAGAUAGCCCGAAUUGCCGGCGAUAUGGUUCAUAAGUCGUUGAGCGAUCUUCGUCAGCUGUCCUAUCUGGCGACGGAACUCAGCCAUCACUACGCUACGUUGGUGGCUACCAGCCGCACUGCAAUUUCUGUAACGUCCAAUAGUGAGGAGCAAUUGGCGUACCGCAUUCGUAUGGGCGUGCACGAGUUAGGUAAGGCCUGCGUGAAGCUUUGCCGUGCCUGUGGUUCAGCACAGGCCAAUCAGGGUGACGCUGCCUGCCACCGUGAGCUGACCGAGACUUCGAAACAGACCGUGGAACGAGUGUCGCACAUUCUGGCAGCAUUAAAGGCGGGCUCAAGAGGUACGCAGGCGUGUAUCAACGCUGCGUCUACCGUGAGCGGCAUUAUCGGAGAUCUUGAUACGACAAUUAUGUUCGCUACAGCCGGAUCGCUAAACGCUGAACGCGACAAUGAUAAGUUUGGCUAUCAUCGGGAGAGCAUUCUCAAAACGGCUAAAGCCCUGGUUGAUGAUACGAAGGCUUUGGUGGCCGGUGCCGCAUCCAGUCAGGAACAAUUGGCAACAGCCGCCCAGGACGCUGUGCAGACAAUUGUCCAGCUAGCAGAUGUCGUAAAACAGGGUGCCGCUUCACUAGGACCUCACAAUCAGGAGGCGCAGGUUAUGCUCAUCAACGCAGUGAAGGACGUAGCCUUGGCUCUGGGCGACCUCAUUCAGGCGACAAAGGUUGCCUCUGGCAAAAGCAUUAACGACCCGUCCAUGCUUAAUCUUAAGGACUCUGCUCAGGCAAUGGUUACAAACGUGGCCUCUUUACUGAAAACUGUCCGAGCUGUCGAAGACGAAAACUCACGUGGAACUCGUGCUCUUGAAGCUACAAUCGAGGCCAUUUACCAGGAAAUACGCGGUUUUGACAGCGCUGACACGACAGGACUUCGACAGGUCACACCGGAAGAACUGGUGCGUUCCACGAAGCCAGUCACCCAAGCUACUGCUAAGGCAGUAGUUGCCGGGACCUCUUGCAAGCAGGAGGAUGCGAUAGUUACAGCUAAUAUGGGCCGUAAGGCAAUUGCCGAUAUGCUUCAAAUGUGCAAGUCUGCUUCGCUAUUAGCCGAAAACUCCGAGCUAAAGAUGCGAGUAAUUAAAUCUGGGCGCGACUGCGCCGUCCGCUAUCGUGAACUUCUUCAGGAAGUGCUCCGAGUUGUAGAGGCACGGUCUGGAGCGUCUGGUGAAGGCAGGCAACGAUUAGAGGAGGGCUCAAGGGCCAUUGCUAUGGCGGUGGGUGAGAUGGUGUCUGCAAGUGAAGCUCUCAAGGGUCAUGAUCUGGACCCCGAAGACCCGACUGUCAUUGCGGGAACCGAACUGCUCGGGGCUGCCGCUAGCAUUGACGCGGCUGCCAAGAAGCUUGCUAACCUGAAACCAAGGGAAAUUACUGUUAAGGUUGCCGACGAGAACCUCAACUUCGAUGCACUGAUCUUGGAAGCUGCCAAAUCGAUUACCGCGGCUACCGCAGCGCUAAUUAAGGCCGCUGCGAUGGCUCAAUGCGAUCUGGUGGCGGCCGGUAUGGUUAGCGGUCAGCCAAGGUAUCAUUCUGAGGAUGGUCAGUGGUCGGAAGGACUUGUGUCAGCAGCACGACUCGUGGCGGCUGCGACUCACUCACUUGUGGAGGCAGCUAAUGGUCUCGUUCACGGCGAGGCCUCCGAAGAAAAACUGAUUUCAUCGGCUAAACAGGUGGCAAGCUCAACAGCGCAGCUUCUGGUCGCAUGCAAAGUGAAGUCGUCACCUGAUUCUCCAACGAUGAAGCGUCUCCAGGCCGCCGGUAAUGCUGUUAAGCAGGCCACCGAAAGCUUAGUUCGAGCCGCACGACAGCACAUCGAACAAACCCAGGAGUUUCAGCUUGUUAUCAAUAAAAGAAUGGUGGGCGGCAUUGCGCAGGAGAUUGUCGCUAGGGAAGAAAUCCUGCGUAAGGAACGAGAGUUGGAAGAGGCCCGUGAAAAGUUGGCCCAGUUGCGUAAAGCCAAGUAUGAUAACACCAUUCAGCGAUUGGCCACCGCGGAAACUAGCUCUCAGCUGGAUGGCGAUCAGGUGAUCCAGAGUAGCCCGAGUCCUAGUGUACAACAGGUUCAACAAGGACUAGUAUACGCCGGCUCGGAAACUUAUAGCGCGUAUACAUAUCACUCGAGCGAGUCGUCUCACUCGACGACGCACAAACAGUAGUUUUUCUACCGGCAGCAAUUCUACAAUAGCAAGAAUGAACGGAAGCAUCAGUGAAACGAUAGAAUAGGAAAAUCACUGCAUGUUGAUAUAAUAUACGUUACUUUUUACUAAAUAUUGUAUUGAUAUAUAUAUCAAUUUAUUGAUAUAUGAGAGCUGCUAUAUUAAGAUAAUUACGCUAUUCGUUGAUUGACCUAAACGCGUUCUCCGUUCUAGUGUUGAUACUAAUAACAAUGGUAAUAAUACUUGCCUUUGGUUGUCUGAUAUAUACAUACGUUUAUAGAUGGAUACUAAUAUUGUUGUUAUUGUCAACGAAGAUGAUCCUAGUAAUAAUAGUGUACAAUGACCCUUUAUAAGUGCUUGCUACGAUGUUUUGUUUAACGUGCUUAGAUGGAGGCAAUAUAUAUAUAUAUAUAUAUAUAUAUAUAUAUAUAUAUAUAUAUAUAUAUAGAUGUGUGUGUGUGAACGUGCCGCUAGGCAAGCUAAGGACCGCAAUAACAAACAAAGUUGAAAAAAUGUUUUAUGUCCAAAUCAAGCACGUAAGCUACAGUUGUGUAAAGACUUGAAGCUGGGAUUUUCUAAGAUGAUGGAAAAGGUGAAUUAACCCUUCGGGUACGCUUUGAGCAAGAUAUGAUACGUCUACCGGUUGAUAAAUUUCGUCGUUUUUUCGCUAUGCGAGUAUCGAUGAUUGUUAGACAACAUCCCCUCUGCGUCCUUUCGUGUAUUAAGGCUCGCAGUAGGCUCAGACUUUAAAGGGGCUGAAGAUCAAAACCUGGCAUAAAUCAAACGCUCAUGAACCUUAUGGAGACUGAACUUAUUUUAAGUUCAUGUGGGCGAAUUUAAUAUCGAGUGCGCAUCGUUAGCGGCACAUUUUUGGCAAUACAGCUUCGCCGCUACCACAUAAAGGAUCUAUAGUUUAGAUUAAACGAUCGAUAUGCUAGAAAAAUAAAAAGAGAAGGUAAAAAAAAUGGAAUACGCAGCGUCUUCUAAAGCUCCCAACGGUUUCCACCCGUCGCCUGCGGUGUUUUGUCACUAUACUCGCGGAAACGUUAAGCCGUUGCAGUAUAAAGCUUCGUUGGAGGGUUCAGGAGGGACGAACUCGGGGUCUUUUAGAAAGAAUUGACUUCUAGACGUGUGUAUGUAUAAGAAGAAAACAGAGUACGGUUAUAAUCCCGGUCUGUCGAAAAACAGGUAUGACGAAAUUCUGAAAUGGGAAGAUAUAUGCCUUUGUUACCUAGCUUCCUUCGUUAAUCGGUCGAGCAGCAUUUAGGAAAUCAGCCUUCGCGAGCGCUAUUCUCUAAAUGGCCUCCGCCACUUAAGAAAGCCUUGCGCCAUAAGCGAUCAAACUAUCCAUCAAUUUGCAAUUAAUGAAUAUUAAAUGCUAUUCAAUGUUUAUAUACACAUAUAUAUGGAACAUGUGGUGCGUUGUAAGUAUAAGAUUAUUAUAGUAACGAUCAAUAAAAGCGUAAUAGCACUAAUAAUAUUAAACGCUUCUCAAUGAUACGAUAAAUUAUAAUAUUAGUAAUACGGAUAAUUAUUAUUAUAUUGGCGCUGAUAAGCCAGAACAUUCUAUGCACGCCGCGAAACUAUACUGCACGUGAAAAUAUUAAAUGCCCUACAUUUAUUUACCACAGCCAUGAAUAAUGAUGAUGAUGAUUAUUGAGCUUGAUAGGAUGAAAAUAACAAUAUAAGGACUAUUGGUGGCCGUUUAUGACAACCGUUGAAAACAAUGAAGCAAAUACGACUGCAUAUACAGUAAUUACGACGUUGUACAACGCCGAUCGUCUUAUUAUUAUUAUGUCGCCGAACAUCUUAUUACUAUAGCAGUUGAAUAGCAACAAAAACAAAACAAUAAUAACUACACUUGAUAUUGUGGACCUCUUCCCGUUGUGUAUACCCGAAUUGUGCCUAGGCAUUUGUCCGAAGAUCAUCUGUUUUCCGCCCAGAGAACUCAACGAGACAGCAUUGCGCGUGAUACGCUAAAUAAUUGAUUUAGCCACCUUCAGUCGAUCCUUCCAAAGAUCUGGUUUACCUUUGGGAUACAGAAAAAAUCUAGUUAGCUUCAUAUUAUACGUCAUGUUAUAGAAACACCAAUGGCAUCGGCUUGACGCGUGGGCGGCCGACUCGCUCAAUGGAGAACUCUAGUUAUCCUGCAGGACCAUCCAAGCACAACUUUGCUAUAUGUCAAUGCUUCGCCUGUUUCCUACAGGCACAAAAAAAAUCGAGAUUCCAAAUUAGGACACGGAUCACCUAUUCAUACACACAACAGAAAUGCACGACAGCUGCAACGGAGCUAACGUUCGUUUGUACGAACCGUAACACCUUUCCAAAAUGGCAACUUAUUGUCAGCGUACAAAAAAUGCAUUCGUAGAAAGAGACGGAUAGAUACGCUAAAGCACUGUUACUAUAAAGCUUAGCGUGUCGAUAACUUCAACUUGAGGCCAAUGCGAAACUGUGGUCAGGCCUCAAAAUAGCAACUGUUAAUUUGUAUCAGUUGUCAUCCAAAAACGGUUGUAACGAAAGUCACUAUUGAUAAAUGCCUCUGUGGGCAGUAUACCACAGUGGGCAGAAUGCUGCACGAAAAAACGCUGAAUACGUUACUAGUACGAAAAACGUAAUGUUAUUUAGGUAAUUGUCGUAUCAAUCGAUUGUACCUAACCAGCGUCCGAGAGUCAAACCGGAAGACAAUAGCUGGCGAUGAACGAUGAGAGAUUUCCAAGGAACUUUAUUACAAAUGGUCAAGUUGAACAAUGUGGGUACCGUGUUUAAUAAACUAAAAUCAUUACAAACAAG